UAAAACAAAAUUCGAUUGCAAAGCAUAUUCAAUAGUACAUGACAACAAAAGGCUAACACACUUAAGAUCUUGAUCCUUGCAGGAGUACUCUUACUCUCUUCUCAGCUUUGUCAUAUCCCAAUUAUAGAUAGCUUUAAUCCGAGAGAUGACCGGACGAUUUCCUUUGCUCCAAAUGAUGAUAAGCUUAUCAACAACGUUAGAGCCUUAAUUUCAAAAGAUUAAAAUCGACUAUAUAAACCAAUUUAUUAGUUUCAUUGAUCAUCCUCAUGAAUACUUAACACUACGUCCAGGCCUAAGAAGUAUAGCGCAUCCCUAAGUAGAGGAUGCCCCACAAAAAUUGCUUUUUCGUUCUAUCAUGGAAAGUGAUAAAGUUUUACUAAGCUGGUUGUCACUAACCUAUCGCUCACCCUACCCUUUAUCCGGGUUUGGGACCUACAAUAAGCGACAAGCACUCACAGACAAAGUUAAAUGACGAUAAGCCUAUAGCAGUGUAAAAUAAUAUAACGUAUAACUAAAUAAGUAUAUCAUUAUAUUGGUUUAAAAUUUAUUCUAUUACUCAAGUCCUAAAAGGAGGAAUGCUAUCAGAUCAUCAACAGCAUAUGCAUAUAAUAGUCUUUAGGUAACAACUUUGCCGUACUACUAACUACAAGUGCUCUUGUAUCAGGCUUAUAAUCCAGUGCAAAUAAUUCUCCUAUAACCCAGGGAUAGCUAUGCGGUUGACUCCGCCUACAAUCACAAAAUGGCAUUCACACAAUCACACUCAAUGCGGAUAGCUUUGCAGUUGUCUCCACCUAUAUUUCAGUUGCGGUAAUGUGAGUGACGUUUUGCACUAAGAUAUAUUGGCAAGCAAGAUGUUAUUUGUAUGUUAUUUCAAUAUUUGGUCCAAAGAAUGACUUGCAACUAAAGCAACCCACUGAAAAAGCAAAGGUUACCUCACUCUUUAAGUUCCUGCUAUCGGUUAUUCAGCAAAGAAUACCUUUUUUGUAACUCUGAUUUGCUGGUGGUCCAUAUUAUCCAAGCACAAGUUACCAGGAACAUCAAACCAACUACACGCCACAAUCGAGCCUGCAAAUAAAGCUUUUAGAUCCAUUUGUUUUGAAACUGAUAGUUGAAUUAUUCAACAAUCACUACAUGCAUCAACCAAAGCAGUCUUCUCAACGGUCUCUUGGAUUUACAAAUUGCAAGCAAGAGAAGAAGCCAUUAGACUGAUUUUUUAUCAACACUGAUCAAGUGGAGAAAAUUCACAAAAUUGUAUGAUAAGAUGAGGGAAAAUCGCCUUCAUUGGUUUGGGCUUGUGCGACAAAGGCCAGAAUGUGCUUUUUCGUGCACAACCAAUCAUAAGCAUAUCAUUAAGCAUAGAGAUUCCUUGGUUCACCAGAAGCAUGAUACGCAAAUUUUUGAAGAGUAAACUGAAGUGCACUCUUAAAUGCAUUAUAUAGUUAAAUUUUGGGCAUUGCUAAAUUCAAGGGAACUAGUACAUUCUGUGAAGACCGAGAAAAUUAAGGGACAAAUAAGUUAAGCACGGAGGAAAAAAUAUAGUUGAAAAGCAAUAACAACAAUGGGUUAACCUAGUGGUUGAAGAUUUUCCUUUUCACCCUUAUAAUAGGCGUUCGAUUCUCACCACCUACAAAAAGAAUCCUAACACAAUUAAAAGCUAACACUAACUUUAGAGCUUGAUCCUCAACAGAAGGGAUGUAUACUCUAUACAUCUUUAAUCAACUUUGCCACAUCCAAAUUAAAUAUAGCAUUUAAAGUUUAAGUCCAAGGAAAAACCAACAAUUUAAUACUCUGAAAGCAUAACCAAAGUUGAAAGAUAGUCAAAAUAUGUGAUUGAAUAUUUAAAAAGAGAGCCAGAAAAGCAUGAAUAUACAUAAUACACAUAGUUUGCCCCGAUUCAGAUUAACUGCUAAGUUAAUUAAUGUAAUUAAAAGCAGGAAAGCUAGAUCUUUGGGGUACCCAACAAAAUAGCAAGAUUUACUUAGUAGACAGAUAACGGCAAAAGAUGCAACUAAAAGGACCCAACUUAAAGGUCUAGAGUUCUUGACUACUUGUUCACAUGUAUUUUAAGAGAACUAAUGAAUUAGGAAAAGCUAAAGAACAAAAAUUCAGAUCUAUAUAAAAAAAAAAUGCAACAAUCUUUUGGUCCUCUUAAUUACACUACUUGAGCCUUUCAUUUAUGCAUGUUAAAUUGGUUUUCCAUCCACGUCAGUGUAAAAAUGCAAUAUCGGUCACGAUUGCGGUAACAAAACGGUGAUGCAGUAACCAGCAAUGAUGCAAUUGCUGUACCGCCGAUUAUCAGCCAAAACCAUGAAAUAUUUCUUGAAUCCUAAAUCACGAUUUUUUUACACCUUCACAGUGCCGGUAAUAUUAAUUUGGUGAAUUUGAAAAUUUUACAACACGGCUUAUACGAUAAGUCGAUAAGAUGUGCCCUUGUUUUUAUAUUAUGAUCACAUUCAUUUUACUAUUUUAAAUGGUCUCAUUUUCUAUGGACAUUUCAAGAUUAAAGCAUGAUUUCUUCUCUCUAGAAAGGUAAAUGUAGCUUCUUAUGGACAUUAUUGAGUCAUAUUAUUACAUUAAAGUGUGGAAUGUUCACUAAAGUAAUAACCAGAACAACCUUUUUCAAGCCUUCCAUUCAAGCUAAAAAGAAUGAUACAAUCAUAGUAAGAUGAACAUGAAUCAGUGAAACUUUUUAAACAAAAAACUGUUUGUUUAUCAGUUAGUGCAAUGAUCAGUUCAAUAGAUUCAAACAUAAGAAAAUUGACGCUUCAAGAAGACAAAUAAUCUCAUGCAGUAGCAGUACCAAAACCAAUCAGGUAAACAAUCUCAUACAAACUAUAUUUAAAGAAAGAACAACUUACAACGCCAGUCAAAUUCUCAUCCGAAAUUCUUAACCUCAUCGGAAGAUCAAAAGUUUUGACCCUCUUGCAAGCAAGGUACUUGAUUCAACCUUUAUUGCAAUAUCUAGCCAUCUGUCGAAACUAUAUAAGAGCUAAUAAGAAGAAGAUGAGAAUUAAGAUAAGCACCUCAGAGAUUAAAUUCUACAUUUAUUCAAAAUGGCAGGGGCUACUGCACCUGCAAGGAGACAACGAUUCAAGGGUGAUCGUCAUCUGUUUUCAUCUUCAGAUGAUGCGGCAAUGUUAACCCAACUUAGGGCAAUACAUGCCCCUGAUGGUCGUGAUAUUGACGUGAGACCUCUACUCCACAUCAUUGAAGAUAUCUUUUACCGUGCUGCACCCUCUGAUUCUGUUCAGGGAGCUCAAGCACACUUGGAGGCUCUUGAUGAUAAGGCAGUUCAGGCUGGCCAUGGAGAGUUGAUGGAACUAUUGGCAAUCACCAUUAAUAAGAUCUCCUGUGAGAUAACUUGCAAAUGCUCAGGCAGGGGAGAUGCUCAUGCUACAAGUCUAUCCAUAUUCAACAUGCUUUCAAACUACUCAUGGGAUGCAAAAGUGGCCCUAGCUCUUGCAGCUUUUGCUGUCUAUUAUGGUGAUUUUUGGUUGGUUUCCCAACUUCACACAGUUAACUCCCUGGCCAAAUCUGUAGCUAUCCUAAAGCAGCUUCCUGAGAUUAUGGAACACUCUGGAUCCCUCAAACCAAAGUUUGAAGCAAUUAGCAAUCUAAUCAGAGCAAUGGUUAAUGUUACCAAGUGCAUCGUGGAGUUCAAGGAGCUCCCAUCUCAGUACAUAACAGAAGAUACAGCAGAAUAUGAAAGUGCAAGUGCUUUAAUUCCAACAGCUGCUUACUGGAUCAUCCGAAGUAUCGUGGCCUGUGCAUCACAAAUUGCUGGUCUAAUAAGCAUGAGUUUUGAAUACGUAUUAUCAACAACAGAAGCUUGGGAGAUAUCAAGCUUGGCUCACAAGGUCAGCAACAUAUAUGAACAUUUACGAAAGCAGCUAGAUCUCUGUUACCAACACAUUGAUGAAAAGAAACACAUAGAAGCAUAUCAGUUGCUCGUUCGUGCAUUUGAGACCCCCCACCUCGACAACAUGAAGAUUCUUAGGCUUUUGAUUUAUGCCAAGGACGAUCAGCCACCACUAUUUGAUGGUUCUGCAAAAAAAGGGGUUAAUCUCUAUGUUUUGAGAAGAAGAAAUGUUCUAUUGUUGAUUUCAGACCUUGAACUUUCUAAUGAAGAGCUUUCAAUUCUUGAUCAAAUGUACCAAGAAUCCAGGCAACACCCAGCAAGGAUGGAAAGUCAAUAUGAAGUAGUGUGGCUCCCAAUUGUCGACAAAUCUACUCCUUGGACUGAACAAAGACAAAAACAGUUUGAAAGUCUCCAGUCAACGAUGCCUUGGUACACUGUAUAUCAUCCUUCUUUGGUUGAUCCAGCAGUCAUGAGAUAUGCAAAGGAGGUGUGGCACUUCAACAAAAAGUGCAUGCUCGUUGUCCUGGACCCACAAGGUAGAGUUACGAACCCCAAUGCUCUUCACAUGAUGUGGAUUUGGGGGAGUCUGGCAUUCCCUUUCACCAGUUCAAGGGAAGAAGCUCUUUGGAGAGAAGAAACCUGGAGGCUCGACUUGUUAGCUGAUGCCAUCGAACCAAUGAUCUUCCAAUGGAUGCAAGAGGCAAAAUACAUUUGCUUGUAUGGAGGAGAAGACAUGGAAUGGAUACAGCGAUUUACAACCAAACUGAAAGCUACUGCACAAGUUGCUGGAAUCCCACUCGAAAUGUUAUACGUUGGCAAGAGCAGUCUCAAAGAAAAGAUCCGUACGAUCAACGAAGUCAUUGCUGCCCAGACUUUGAGCCACGUACUGCCUGAUAUAACUCUCAUAUGGUACUUUUGGGUGCGGCUGGAGAGCAUGUGGCACUCUAAAAUGCAGCACGGAAAGACUGUAGAGAAUGACUCUAUAAUGCAGGAGAUAGUGACACUGAUGAGCUUUGAUGCUAGUGAUGAAGGGUGGGCUCUCAUCAGCCGAGGCUCAACAGAGAUGACCAAAGCCAAAGGUGAGACCUUCUUGACAUGUUUAAAUGAUUUCGAAGAAUGGAAAAAUGAUGUUCCGGAGAAAGGAUUUGUUCAAGCUAUAAUCGACUAUUUGAAAAAAAUACAAACACCACACCACUGCAACCGUCUCAUACUUCCUGGAACAACCGGUGGCAUACCAGAGAAGGUGGUUUGCGCAGAGUGUGGGCGUACCAUGGAGAAGUUUAUCAUGUAUCGCUGCUGUAGUGACUAAUAAUAAGCGCCCCCCCCUAAUACUCCCCCAUCAUAAUAACUACAAUAAACUAGUAAGAUCCCCUAAUGCUAACGACCGCAUGAAAAUAGCUACAAUGCACUAGUAUCUUGGAAUAUAGUAGUUUGAUGUUCUGGGUUCAUAACAUAGUAUAUAGUUCCUCAAUAAGAAGCAUAGUCUAACAAUAAUAAUAUACAUGCGCCAUAUCGCAUAGAGGCAGUCUUGGCUAGUUUGAUGUAAUAAAGUAGUAAGUCAAUGAAAAGUUAAUUAGUUUUAUUGUUAGUGUAAUUUGGUUCGUCAAACAAUCUAGUAUAACCAGUUGUUUAAUUGCUUUCCA